GGAACCACAGCCACCGCAACCACACCAGUCAUAACUACAACAACAAUGGCUGCAACCACAGCUACUGCAAUCACAACCGCACUCACAGCUGCCCCAACUACAGCCACUAUAAUCAUAAGUGCUACAUCCACAGACACCACAAACACAAGUCUUCAAACCACAGCAAAAGCAUCCACAGCCUCUGCAACUACUGACGCCACAGCUUUAAAAACUACUUAUAUAACCACAGACAACACAGCUGACUAUACCACAACCACUGCAACCACAGCAGCCAAAAUCACAGACACCACAGUAAUAACUCCUACAACCACAGACAGUAUACCCACAGGUGCCCCAACUACAGCUGCUAUAAUCAUAAGUGCUACAACCACAGACUCCACAGACACAAGUCUUCAAAACACAGUGAUUGCAAACACAGCCUCUGAAACCACAGACACCACAGCUACAAACACUAUACCCACUGCUGCCACAACUACAGCCACUAAAAGCACAACUGAUACAAACAUAGAUAUCACAACCACAGCACUUCAAACCAUAAUCAUUGAAAUCCCAGUUACCAACACCACAGAUGCCACAACUACAGACACCAUAUCAACCACAGAGACCACUACUGCAAAAACAGCCAAAACAAACAAAGCCACCAUAAUCACAACCACUACAGCCACAGAUGCAACAAACACAGAUACCACACACACAACUUUUGCAACAGUUCCAACAAUCACAGCUCCUAUAAUCACUGAUGCCACAACCCCAGCAAUUGCAACCACAGCCUCUGAAACCACAGACACCACAGCUACAAACAUUAUACCCACUGCAUCCCCAAUUCCAGCCACAAAAAGCACAACUGAUACAAACACAGAGGUCACAGCCACAGCUCUCCAAACCACAAUCGCUGCAAUCCCAUUCACGAACACCACAGAUGCCACAUCUACAGACACCACACCAACCCUUGCCACCACAACUAUAGAGACCACUACUGCAACCACAGCCAAAACAAACAAAGCUACCAUAAUCACAACCACUACAACCACAGAUGCAACAAACACAGAUACCACACACGCAACUUUUCCAACAGUUCCCACAAUCACAGCUGCUAUAAUCACUGAUGCCACAACCCCAGCCAUUGGAACCACAGCCACCGCAACCACACCAGUCAUAACUACAACAACAAUGGCUGCAACCACAGCUACUGCAAUCACAACCGCACUCACAGCUGCCCCAACUACAGCCACUAUAAUCAUAAGUGCUACAUCCACAGACACCACAAACACAAAUCUUCAAACCACAGCAAAUGCAACCACAGCCUCUGCAACCACAGACACCACAGCUUUAAAAACUACUUAUAUAACCACAGACAACACAGCUGACUACACCACAACCACAGCAGCCAAAACCACAGACACCACAAUAACAACUCCUACAACCACAGACACUAUACCCAUGGCUGCCCCAACUACAGCUGCUAUAAUUAUAAGUGCUACAACAACAGACUCCACAAACACAAGUCUUCAAAACACAGUGAUUGCAAAAACAGCUUCUGCAACCACAGACACCACAGCUACAAACACUAUACCAACUGCUGCCCCAAAUCCAGCCACAAAAAGCACAACUGAUACAACCACAGCUCUCCAAACCACUAUUAUUGCAAUCCCAGUCGCCAACAUCACAGAGGCCACAACAAUAGACACCACACCAACCAUAGAGACCACUACUGUAGCCACAGGCAAAACAAACAAAGCCACCAUAAUCACAACCACUACAACCACAACCACAAGUCUUCAAACCACAGUGAUUGCAGAAACAGCCUCUGCAACUACAGACAGCACAGCUACAAACACUACACACACUGCAGCCCCAACUACAGCCACAAAAAGCGCAACUGAUACAAACACAGAGGUCACAACCAUAGAGACCACUACUGUAGCCACAGGCAAAACAAACAAAGUCACCAUAAUCACAACCACUACAACCACAGAUGCCACAAACACAGAUAACACACACAGAGCUUUCCCAACCACAGUUCCCACAAACACAGCAAUCAUAGAUGCCACAACCCCACCCAUCAGAACCACACCAGUCAUAACUACAACCACAAUGCCUGCAAACACAGCCACUGCAAACACAGCCACACUCACAGCUGUCCCAACUACAGCCUCUGCAAUCAUACAUCCUACAACCACAGAUACCACAAACACAAGUCUUCAAACCACAGUGAUUGCAAAAACAGCCUCUGCAACUACAGACAGCACAGCUACAAACACUACACACACAGCAGCCCCAACUACAGCCACAAAAAGCGCAACUGAUACAAACACAGAGGUCACAACCAUAGAGACCACUACUGUAGCCACAGGCAAAACAAACAAAGCCACCAUAAUCACAACCACUACAACCACAGAUGCCACAAACACAGAUAACACACACAGAGCUUUCCCAACCACAGUUCCCACAAACACAGCAAUCAUAGAUGCCACAACCCCACCCAUCAGAACCACACCAGUCAUAACUACAACCACAAUGCCUGCAAACACAGCCACUGCAAACACAGCCACACUCACAGCUGUCCCAACUACAGCCUCUGCAAUCAUACAUCCUACAACCACAGAUACCACAAACACAAGUCUUCAAACCACAGUGAUUGCAAAAACAGCCUCUGCAACUACAGACAGCACAGCUACAAACACUACACACACUGCAGCCCCAACUACAGCCACAAAAAGCGCAACUGAUACAAACACAGAGGUCACAACCAUAGAGACCUCUACUGUAGCCACAGGCAAAACAAACAAAGCCACCAUAAUCACAACCACUACAUCCACAGAUGCCACAAACACAGAUAACACACACAGAGCUUUCCCAACCACAGUUCUCACAAACACAGCAAUCAUAGAUGCCACAACCCCACCCAUCAGAACCACACCAGUCAUAACUACAACCACAAUGCCUGCAAACACAGCCACUGCAAACACAGCCACACUCACAGCUGUCCCAACUACAGCCUCUGCAAUCAUACAUCCUACAACCACAGAUACCACAAACACAAGUCUUCAAACCACAGUGAUUGCAAAAACAGCCUCUGCAACUACAGACAGCACAGCUACAAACACUACACACACUGCAGCCCCAACUACAGCCACAAAAAGCGCAACUGAUACAAACACAGAGGUCACAACCAUAGAGACCACUACUGUAGCCACAGGCAAAACAAACAAAGCCACCAUAAUCACAACCACUACAACCACAGAUGCCACAAACACAGAUAACACACACAGAGCUUUCCCAACCACAGUUCCCACAAACACAGCAAUCAUAGAUGCCACAACCCCACCCAUCAGAACCACACCAGUCAUAACUAAAACCACAAUGCCUGCAAACACAGCCACUGCAAACACAGCCACACUCACAGCUGUCCCAACUACAGCCUCUGCAAUCAUACAUCCUACAACCACAGAUACCACAAACACAAGUCUUCAAACCACAGUGAUUGCAAAAACAGCCUCUGCAACUACAGACAGCACAGCUACAAACACUACACACACUGCAGCCCCAACUACAGCCACAAAAAGCGCAACUGAUACAAACACAGAGGUCACAACCAUAGAGAUCACUACUGUAGCCACAGGCAAAACAAACAAAGCCACCAUAAUCACAACCACUACAACUACAGAUGCCACAAACACAGAUAACACACACAGAGCUUUCCCAACCACAGUUCCCACAAACACAGCAAUCAUAGAUGCCACAACCCCACCCAUCAGAACCACACCAAUCAUAACUACAGCCACAAUGCCUGCAAACACAGCCACUGCAAACACAGCCACACUCACAGCUGUCCCAACUACCUCUGCAAUCAUACAUCCAACAACCAUAGAUACCACAAACACAAGUCUUCAAACCACAGUGAUUGCAAAAACAACCUCUGCAACUACAGACAGCACAGCUACAAACACUACACACACAGCAGCCCCAACUACAGCCACAAAACACACAACUGAUACAAACACAGAGGUCACAACCAUAGAGACCACUACUGUAGCCACAGGUAAAACAAACAAAGUCACCAUAAUCACAACCAAUACAACCACAGAUGCCUCAAACACAGAUACCACACACACAGCUUUCCCAACCACAGUUCCCACAAACACAGCAAUCAUAGAUGCCACAACCCCACCCAUCAGAACCACACCAGUCAUAACUACAGCCACAAUGCCUGCAAACACAGCCACUGCAAACACAGCCACACUCAUAGCUGUCCCAACUACCUCUGCAAUCAUACGUCCUACAACCACAGAUACCACAAACACAAGUCUUCAAAACACAGUGAUUGCAACCACAGCCUCUGCAACUACAGACACCACAGCUACAAACACUAUACCCACUGCUGCCACAACUACAGCCACAAAAAGCACAACUGAUACAAACACAGAGGUCACAACCACAGCACUCCAAAGCACAAUCAUUGCAAUCCCAGUCACGAACACCACAGAUGCCACAACUACAGACACAACACCAACCACUGAGACCACUACUGCAACCACAGCCAAAACAAACAAAGCCAUCAUAAUCACAACCACUACAGCCACAGAUGCAACAAACACGGAUACCACACACGCAACUUUUCCAACAAUCACAGCUGCUGUGAUCACUGAUGCCACAACCCCAGCCAUUGGAACCACAGCCACCCCAACCACACCAGUCAUAACUACAGCCACAAUGGCUGCAAACACAACCACACUCACAGCUGCCCCAACUACAGCCACUAUAAUCAUAAGUGCUACAACCACAGACACCACAAACACAAGUCUUCAAACCACAGCAAAUGCAACCACAGCCUCUGCAACCACAGACACUGCAGCUUUAAAAACUACUGACUACACCACGACCACUGCAACCACAGCAGCCAAAAUCAUAACUGCUACAACCACAGACACUAUACCCACAGAUGCCCCAACUACAGCUGCCAUAAUCAUAAAUGUUACAAACACAAACACUAGAAACACAAGUCUUCAAACCACAGCAAUUGUAACCACAGACUCUGCAACCACAAAUACCACUGCUACAAACACUGCUGAUAUAAACACAGACACAACAGCAGACCACACCACAACUACAACCACUGCUACCAUAGCAGCCACAACCUCAGACACCACAAUCAUAACUGCUACAACUGCAGACACUAUAACCAUGCUUGCCACAACUACAGCCACAACAAUCCCAGCCACCAACACCACAGUCGCCACUAUAGACACCACACAAACCAUCAUUACCACAACUAUAGAUACCACUAUGGCAGCCAUAGCGAAAACAAACAAAGCCACCACAAUCACAAACACUCCAACCACAGAUGCAACAAACACAGAUACCACACACACAACUUUUCUAACUGCAGUUCCCACAGUCACAGCCGCUAAAUUCACAGAUGCCACAACCCGAGCUAUUGGAACCACAGCCACCCCAGCCACAGCAGUUAUAAAUUCAACCACAAUGGCUGCAAACACAACCACACUCACAGCUGCCCCAACUACAACCACUAUAAUCAAAAAUACUAUAACCACAGACACCACAAACACAAGUCUUCAAACCACAGUGACUGCAACCACAGCCUCUGCAACCCCUAAUAUAACUGCUGCCCUGACAGCCAAUAUCACCACAAACACAGCAUUUGCAACAAUCUCAGCCGCAACAACCCUAGACAUAAAAAACAUUCUCAAUCUAACAAUAACCACAGCAACCACAAGCCCAGCCAACACAACUGCCCAAACUACAGCCACUACAACCACAAAUAUAGCCAACACAACCACAACGCCUACUUCCACAACCAAAACCAUCAAAAUCAUCACAACCACAGGUGCCACAACCCAAGGUAAGAUUUCAAACCUUUUAAAUUUUGUUGAAGGUAAACUGUAAU